AUGGGGGAGACCCGGAUAAAUGUCCAAUUUGGUCGUAAUUCCUGCCUCUUUCCACACCUCAUUCAUGAUGAGGGUGCAGUCUCGCAAAGGAUCCAUGCCGCAAGCCUGGAAGUACGUCUUCGGCAUGUAGCGGCCGAGAUCUGGAGACAUAAUGGGGUAGGCAAGGUGGCUUUUCGGAUCAGGCUUAUAUUUUGCUGCCACACCAUCAGCCUCAGCUGCAACGACUCUUUCGUGAUAACCGGCGCGUAA